ACAAUAAUUAAUUUCAUGAUCACGUGCCCUUACCACCCGAAUGUUUUGCCAUCCAACUCCCAUUUUAAUCUUUUAACAGGUAAUUGCUCGUGCUUAGUCACAGAGGAAUCGGAAAAGAGUUAUUUUCCUAAUUGUACAAUUAAAAUAAUUUACAACGAAGCAAAUUUGUUUGAGCUACGCCAUUUAGAAAAUACUUCUGCGCUUUUCAACAAAUAUUCGACUAAUUUGGCAAAGCAAAGAGGAAACUUUACGUGUAUCAUUGAUCUGAGGAGGAGUGACACUUUCACCAAAGACGUUCUAUUGAAUAUUCACUGCAAAGGAGACGAAAUAUACGAAAUCAUCAAAAGUAACCUGCUCACAAGAGAUAUAUCCAGAAGACGUGAAUCCGAACUGACGACGACCACAGCUCCAGAAGGAACAAAAAAAGGUCAAGACAAUAAAUCCGACAACCCUAAAUCCAGAUUAGUGAUUGGAUUGAGUGUCGGAUUGGGUGCGAUGGUUGCAACUGUCACCACCUGUUGGACAUGGGUUCGAUGUCGAAGGAAAGAAAGAAGAAAAAACAAUAAUGAUCAGGAUGAGGAGUUCGGUUACAUAGACGCGGAAGAAGACAGUGCUCCGUAUCGCAUAGUGGACCUUCAAACAAACAUUUCCUCAGAUGCGUCAGGAUACACAUUCCUGAAAGCGUCCGAACCCAAUGAAGAAACACCUUACAUGAAGUUGCUGCCAAAAUCAGAGAGACUUCAAAACAAGGAAACUACAGGCAAAUGUCCUCUAUUGCAAGGAGAGAAAAAUUAUAACCUGCUACCGACAUCAAACCAGAAAAUAUUAAACAACAACAAAGAUAUUGCAGCUCAAAAGCAUAAACAUCAGCAGAAUAAGUUUGAUGAAGUCAAAGAAAAUGAUGACGAUACACCAUAUGACACACUGUGGCCAACUACACAGAAUUGUAAGAAGACAACAGACCUUCCGGAAAUCAAAGAGGAGCCCGUUUACUAUGUCCUAGAGCAAACGUAACGACCGCCAUAGCAAUGAAUCAAAUCAAAGUCUAUUGUAAAAGAUAGUAGAAAUCAGAUAACAGAGUUGAUGAACAUAUUCCUGUAUGCGAGCUACUAAAAUAUAUAUUUAUUAUAUAAAAUGUAAUAUAAUUCUAAAGACAUCCUUAAAAAUCUGCUACUUUAUCUUAUGUAAAAACUUCAUUAAAAAUAUUAUUAGAAGCUGAAAUAUCAACUUCGAAAAAAAAACUCGUGUUCAUCAGUACGGUGCUAUAGUGCCAUGUGUGGAGGGUCAAAUGUCUGCGCAUGAGCAAGUUUUAGAUAUUGUGAAUUACAUGAAGUAAUCUCCAUUUUCAAAAAUUGGAAAAUCUUUUCGAAAGUAACUCAUAAUCUUAGAGCAACAGAACAGCGGCCAACGCAAAGAAACAUAUGCAUGUCUUUGUUGGUUUAAAAUCCUAAAAAUAUGCUACUUCAUCUGGUGUAAACGUUUGUACAAUAGAGAGUUUUAGUUUGGCGUUGACGACAAACUGCAAAAAGUCACGUGAUCAUGGCUUUGCAGUUUGCUUUGCGGGUUUACGUUGCGGUUUGCGGUUCACGUUUUAACGGCAAGAGGACCUUCUUGCGGUUGGUGAACUACGGCAAGAUUUUUAGUACUUUUAACUCAAUUAAGUGAGGUUUAUGGCUCAAUGUUAAAUUUUUAUGUAAGUAUACAACAUGACUAUGCCUUUUACAUUGACAAACUUUUCAAAAAACAAGAGAUUUAUCUUAGGAAAAUGCGAAUUGCAAAACGCAAACCUCAACGGCAAGCGGUAGUCGAUGUUUGCCGCUUCCCUUAAACGCCAACCUAAAACUUUCUACUACACCUGUAGAAACUGAAAUAAACUUUAUAAGAAGAAAUCCGCGCUUAUCACCACGCUGCCAUUUUUGCUUAUGAUCAAACAUCUGCGCAUGAGCAAAUUUCAAGUGAGACGGAGAAUGCGCAUGCUCUAAAGUGUAGAAAUCCCAAUCAGCAAUUGCUAUUUCCUGUAAAUUUACGUUGUAAAGUAAGGCUGUUCUCUGAAAUAGAGCCUGCGUGUAAACAUUUCUGUGUUAAUAUAUCAAAGUGUCUCUUUCAGUGUAAAAUCA